AUGCAACUCCAGGUAAUAUUCACUCAAGUCAUACACCUAUCUAUCUAUCUAUCUAUCUAUCUAUCUAUCUAUCGUUGUCAUACAUCUAUCUAUCUAUCUAUCUAUCUAUCUAUCUAUCUAUCUAUCCUUGUCAUACAUCUAUCUAUCUAUCGUUGUCCUACAUCUAUCAAUCUAUCUAUCUAUAUAUCGUUGUCAUACAUCUAUCUAUAUCAUACAUCUAUCUAUCUAUCUAUCUAUCUAUCUAUCUAUCUAUCUAUCUAUGUCAUACACCCAUCUAUCUGUCUGUCUGUCUAUCUAUCUAUCUAUCAAUGUAUCGUUGUCAUACAUUUAUCUAUUUAUCUAUCUUUGUCAUACAUCCAUCUAUCUAUCCAUCUAUCUAUCGUUGUCAUACAUCUGUCUAUCUAUCUAUCUUUGACAUACAUCUAUCUAUCUAUCGUUGUCGCACAUCUAUCUAUCGUUGUCAUAUAUCCAUCUAUCUAUUUAUCUAUCUAUCUUUGUCAUACAUCUAUCUAUCUAUCGUUGUCAUCCAUCCAUCUAUCUAUCUCUCGUUGUCAUACAUCUAUCUAUCUAUCAUUGCCAUACAUCUAUCUACUAUCGUUGUCAUACAUCUAUUAUCUAUCUAUCGUUGUCAUACAUGUAUCUAUCGUUGUCAUCCAUCCAUCUAUCUAUCUCUCGUUGUCAUACAUCUAUCUAUCUAUCUAUCUAUCAUUGUCAUACAUCUAUCUACUAUCGUUGUCAUACAUCUAUUUUCUGUCUAUCGUUGUUAUAUAUAUAUCUGUCUAUCGUUGCCAUACAUCUGUCUAUCUAUCGUUGUCAUACAUCUAUCUAUUUAUCUAUCAUUGUCAUACAUCUAUCUAUCGUUGUCAUACAUCUAUUAUCUAUCUAUCGUUGUCAUAUAUCUAUCUAUCGUUGCCAUACAUCUGUCUAUCUAUCGUUGUCAUACAUCUAUCUAUCGUUGUCAUACAUCUAUCUAUUUAUCUGUCAUUGUCAUACAUCUAUCUAUCGUUGUCAUACAUCUAUUAUCUAUCUAUCGUUGUCAUAUAUCUAUCUAUCGUUGCCAUACAUCUGUCUAUCUAUCGUUGUCAUACAUCUAUCUAUCGUUGUCAUACAUCUAUCUAUUUAUCUAUCAUCGUCAUACAUCUAUCUACCGUUGCCAUACAUCUAUCUAUCUAUCGUUGUCAUGCAUCUAUCUGUCUAUCGUUGUCAUAUAUCUAUCUAUCGUUGUCAUACAUCUAUCUAUCGUUGGCAUACAUCUAUCUAUCUAUCGUUGUCAUACAUCUAUCUAUCUAUCUAUCUAUCUAUCGUUGUAAUUAUUGCAUCGCUCGAGCUAGCUAUUUGCCUUUCCAUCCUUGGUGCGUUCGCCUCUCUCUCUCUCUCACACAAACCGCCACUCUCUCUCUCUCUCUCUCACUCUCUUCUUUCUCCGCCAUUGAUCCCUUCCUUCCUUUAAUAUCUCUCCCCGUCUCUCGUCUAUCUAUUCCUUCUUUUCUUCGUUCCUUCCUCUCUUCAUUUCAUAUUCGUCCGCACGUCGGUCUGCUCAUUGUCUUGGUGUCUCUCUAUUUCUCUCUCUCUAUCUCUCUUUCUCUCGCGGCGCGCGGGCGCGUACGCACAGGUUUCAUUCGAUUAACCUUUUCUUUGUUUUUACGUUCAUUUAAAUUCCUCUCUUUCUUUCUUUCUUUCUUUCUUUCUUUCUUUCUUUCUUUCUGUUCGAAUUCAACGACCUCUGAACAUCGCCAAAUGGGAAGCUGA